UUCUCAAAGGAGAUGGUUUUCAUAUUGAUGCUGGCAAACAGGUCUUUGCCUAUGUCAAUUAACAAUGUCCUCUUUUCUCUCCCAAAUCAUUUCCCUUCCAGCAUGUUCAGCAGGUAAAUAACGUUUGUUAAUAUUCAUUCUGGCCUUCACCCAUGUCUAGGCGUUUCCAAAUGCCCAGUGUUCCCGACUGAGGUAGUCCUCGCCUUGGACAUGUCAGAUGACGUCUCCCAGUUGGAUUGUGAGAGGAUGAGAGACAUUUUACUGUCUCUGCUGAUGAAGAUGGAAAUCAGUGGGAGUGACUGCCCCACGGGUGCCCAGGUGGCCGUUGUCUCCUAUGGCAACGGAACCGAUUACCUGGUUCGCCUCUCUGACCGCAAGGGGAGGCCCGCGCUCCUGCAGGCGGUCAGGGGGCUCUCGCCGGCAAGCUCAUCUGGCAGCAGGCACCUUGGGGACGCCGUGAGGUUUGUGGUUAGACACGUAUUCAAGCGCCUGCGUGCAGGCCCCCUCCUGAGGAAGGUGGCCGUGUUCUUCCAGGUGGGCUGGACCCGGGAUGCAGGUUCUAUCAGCACCGCCGUGCUGGAGCUCAGCGUGUUGGACAUCACUGCUGUGGUCAUCACUUUCACAGAGGACCACAACCUCCUGGAUGCCCUGCUGAUGAAUAGAAACAACAGAUUUCAUCUGUAUGUCUGGGAGACGGAGAGCCAGCAGCUUGCGGAAGGCAUGGCCCGCUGCACUCUCUGCUGUGAUCAGUGCCUUCCGGCCCGGAGUGUGGGCGGAGCACGCCCAGGCCCCUGCAGGUGGACGUGGACAUCGCCUUUGUGGUGGAUGGCUCUCGCGGCGGGGGCGCCGAUCUCUACCGCGCAACCUUGA